AAGCACGCUGCGAAGCGAUGCGCUAGAUAUCGGAUUAUUGUAGUGCCAUCGGCAUGAUUUUUACGUAAAAAGCUUCAGAAUGUAAGCCAGACGGCAUAAUCAUUAACGUUCUCUGAUUAUUUCAGCUCCCCAUUCCAUCAGAAACAUGUCAGACGUAGAAAACGAUGAUGUCCCUUCUGCGAUGACAGCAGGAGGUGCAAUGGACAUAAACACAGCCCUGCAAGAAGUUCUUAAAAAUGCUCUUAUUCACGACGGUGUUGUACAUGGCCUUCACGAAGCAGCCAAAGCUUUAGACAAGAGACAAGCUAUGCUCUGUAUCUUAGCUGAGAAUUGUGACGAACCUAUGUACAAAAAACUGGUUCAAGCAUUAUGCAAUGAACAUCAAAUUCCGUUGAUUAGGGUAGAUAAUAAUAAGAAAUUGGGCGAAUGGUCUGGUCUUUGUAAAAUUGAUAGUGCUGGUAAAGCUCGAAAAGUUGUCGGGUGCUCCUGUGUUGUCAUUAAGGACUUUGGGGAGGAUACGCCUGCGAAAGAUGUGGUAAUGGAACACGUCAAACAAAGUUCUGUACACUAAGACCUUUUAAUAAAACAUUCUACAUAA